AUGACAGUUUUCGUUGGUGAGCUUCUAGUCUUAAAUGAUUCAAAUGUAGAUUUAAUUGAAAUUGAUGAACCCAUUGAUGAUGGACUUUUGCAAGAGAAUUAUGAAAUUCACAUAGUAUCCACAGAAGAAGAGCAUGAAACUGAUGAGGAUGAGGACGAUGACGAGGACGAGGAAGAGGAAGAGGAAGAGGAAGAGGAAGAGGAAGAGUUUGAAGAAGACAGUGACUACUGCUUGAUCAUUUGCUAUUAUAUGGCUGGAGGUAGAGGUCAUGGAAAAUGCUCAAGUAGGCGUAAUCUUGUUGUUUGUGUAUGGCUUGAGGCAAAGGUCGUGGAAAAUCUUCAGGUGAAAGCAUCAAUUACUCCAUUCAACAAUCCAUCGUCUGCUACGCCCAUGCCUCUUGGUGGAAAUGUGGAUGCGGUUGAUACCUCUAUUUCAAGUUGA